CUAGCAGAGGACGUGCGAUGACUCAGGCACGGAAACCAGUGUCAGAACCAGCGAAAUGAGGGCAGUCUUCACAGCAAACUGAUGAAACUGGGUUCUGGCUGACUCUCACGUAUAACACAGUACAGGUUCCCUUUUGUGUCACUUCUUCUCUGCCUCCUGCUGGCUGCAGUAAAUGAUGUCACAGGGAAGGAGACGAACAAAAGACCCAACUUUGUCUUGAUAAUGGCGGACGACCUUGGUAUUGGUGAUAUAGGGUGCUACGGGAACACUACCAUCAGGACUCCAAACAUAGACAGACUGGCUUCUGAAGGAGUGAAGCUGACUCAGCACAUUGCAGCUGCUCCUCUUUGCACUCCAAGCCGGGCUGCUUUCAUGACAGGACGUUAUGCUCUCCGUUCAGGAUUUGGUAGCAGAGGGCGCGUGCAGGUGCUACUGUUCCUCGGAGGCUCAGGGGGGCUUUCACCAAAGGAGACCACCUUUGCUAAAAGGCUGCAGCAACAAGGAUAUACAACAGGCCUAGUGGGUAAAUGGCACCUGGGUGUGAACUGUGAGCACAGGGGGGACCACUGUCAUCACCCAAACCAGCAUGGCUUCAACUACUACUACGGCCUUCCAUUCACCCUGUUCAAUGACUGUACGCCAGGAGAGGGGAGUGAUGUCAUGAAUGCGGAACAAAACAUGCUUCAGAAUAUGGCUCUGAUGCUUGGAGUUGGACUGCUCACACUGAUUUGUGUCCGUGUUUGUGGCCUCCUUGACGUCAGCCUGUGGCUCCUGGUUGCACUUUUUUCUUUUACUAUCGUAGUCAAUGCUGUAUGGUACGUACCCUUCAAACACCUGCGGACCUGGAACUGUAUCAUUAUGAGGAACCAAGAUGUUAUUGAACAACCAAUAACGGUGGAGACGCUGCCCCAGAGGUUGCUGGGAGAAGCACAGGACUUCAUAAGGAGAAAUAGAGAUCAACCAUUUCUCCUUUUCUUCUCAUUGGCCCACACCCACACCCCACUCUUCCAAACCCCGACCUUUGCAGGGAAAAGCCGCCACGGUCGUUAUGGUGAUAACAUUGAGGAAAUGGACUGGCUGAUCGGUCAGUUGACCAAGACAGUGGACUCCCUCGGCCUAGCUAACAACACACUGAUGUAUUUUACAUCAGACCAUGGUGGACACUUGGAGGAUAGAGACUCAAGAACUGGUCAAAAGGGAGGCUGGAAUGGCAUCUACAGAGGUGGCAAAGCAAUGGGGGGCUGGGAGGGAGGGAUAAGAGUACCUGGUAUUUUCCGGUGGCCUGGCAGACUCGCAGCUGGAACUGAAGUAGAUGAACCCACCAGUCUAAUGGACCUCUACCCAACACUGAAGCAUUUAGCUGAGGACACGCAGCCAGACAGACAUUUAGACGGCCACAACCUCAUGCCACUGUUGGACGGGAAAGUAAAAACAUCAAAACACGAAUUCAUGUUCCAUUACUGUGGUGCCUAUUUAAACGCGGCUCGCUGGCACCCACCUGGAAGUAACUCUGUCUACAAGGCACACUUUUUCACUCCCAACUUUUCUCCCCCGGGAGCCGUAGGAUGCUAUCACACCAAGAUCUGCAUGUGCCACGGAGAACGUGUCACGCACCACAACCCACCGCUGCUGUAUGACCUUUUCCAUGACCCCUCAGAGUCCCGCCCACUAACUCCUGACUCUGAGCCACGAUACACUGAAGUACUAGAGCAGAUCACCAAAGCUGUUGAAAAACACAAAAGUUCUCUUCCAGAUGAAGCGGUGUCUGCUGAUGCUCAGGAAACGGCACCCGACGCUGAAAUGACCUGGGAGAAGAUUCUGUGGAAGCCGUGGCUGCAGCCCUGCUGUGGGACUUUUCCCUUCUGUGGCUGUAGAGAAGACAGACCUGAAAUUUAAUACAUACCUCAAAAACAAAUAGUAGUUAAACUGAAAAGGUUGAAAGGCUGGCAAAAUAGUAUAAUAGUCAAGAAAUGUUCAGACACAGAUUAGACACGGAUUGUUGAGAAAACAGAGUUUUACUAGGAUUUGAUAAUAUUUUCUGUAAUAUUAUGGUAAACUCUUAGGUAAAAGAAAAUGAGCUUGGUUAAAUAUAUCCAAAUUGAAUUAAGUUGUGUUUUUAUUUUGAGCUUACUGUGGCUGUGAGACAUGCAGUGUUUGUACAACGUUGAAGGACAUGGUUUACCUAUUAAACUACUCAGAGGUUGUUUAAGCUAAA